AUGAUCGAAGCAUUCUUCACAGACCACACAGCGUCUCCGCUGCUCCCAUGCCUCUUACUCAUAGUACUAGGCCUCCUCCUCAACUCCCACCCCAUCAAGUCCCGACUCUCCUUGCCAUCAAACUUCACAUCCAAACUCCUCACCCUCCCAAGCCCUCAAGCCCCUACGGGGCCAACCGCCCGCGAAACCCUCAACUUCGCCGCCAUCGAACCAGUGACGGGCCUCCCACCACUCACCACGCCCCCGAACUGGCCGCGAUACUGGAAACCGGGAAAAUUCCAAAUGACCAUGGCCCUGCGCAAGCUGGACAUCAACAACUGGCUCAACUACGACCGCCUCUUUGACGCCGAGCACGCGGACAAGCUUGCCAUGGUGCGCGGGCCACAUCCAGAGCUGUACGUCGACUACCUGGAUGGCGUCGACGAUGCAGUCCUCGAACUGUUGGAGACGGUUGUGCAAUAUGUCACCACGCGCUUCCCGGAUAUGUUUCGUGCUGAUGGGGAGUAUAUCUACAUUGACCAUCUUAAGGAGAAGUAUAGGAUUACGGAGCCGUUUGAUGCUCAUCCGCUCGCUGUGACGGGGUUGCUUGUGCAUGACGACGUGUAUGUUCUGAAGAGGGGGCCGCGGCGCCUUCCUCGCGUGCCCAUCGGGCUGGCGCCUGCAACAACGCAUCGGGUGGCCGCUGCACCAAAUCCACGACCCCAUCCCGCUGUGGAAGGAGAAGCUGCAGAGGUCGAUGGAGCGAUUCUUCCUAGCCCUCAAACCCACAAAACCCAUCCAACGCAACAACCUCUUCAUCCAGCCCCUCCCAGGCCUCUUCCACAUCGUGCCCUUCGACAAAGCGGCGCCAUGCACCGCGCCCGAGCAGGUGCACAUCCGCACGGAGCUGCAGUCUCUUUGCAAGCUGCCUCGCUCGCAGGCGGUGGUAUUCACCGUGCGCACGUACGUUACGCCGCUGACGGAUCUGGCGGGCGAGCCGGACGCGCUCGAGGCGCUUUGGGACCAUGUAAGGCAUUUUCCGCAGGAUAUUGCCGAGUAUAA